AUGCAUGCUGGUGAGCAGUUCUUCAUGUGCAUUGACGCGAAUGCGGGGCCAGGUGUGCCGGAUGGCAUGUGUGUUUUCAACCCUGGUUUUCGUCACUCGAGUGGGACACCUCUUUUGCGAGAAUUUCUGGAGGAGUUUGACCUCUGCCUUCCAAUUACAAGCGAGGCCCACAUUGGCACAGUCACCACAUGGACGUCGCCUGAUGAUGGAGAGUACACGAUUGACUUUGUAGCCAUACCGAGAACUUGGCAGGCGGCGUGCCAUUAUUCUUGCGUUUUACAAGAGUUUGACCUUGCCAAUGUGAACAUUGACCAUUCAGCAGCAGCGAUUGAGUUGCAAUGGGCCCAGACCUCUGCCACUCUACCGAAAUCACACACUGCACCUGAGGUCUUUGACCGCACUAAAAUUGGCAAAGAUAUUGAUACUCUUUUGCAGCAACCCAUUCAAUGCACAUGGCAGGAAGAUGUCGAAACUCAGGCGAACAAGAUCGCUUCGCAUUUUCGAACGCAGCUUGCAUCCAGCUAUCCUCAGAACAAGCACAAACCGAAGAAGCCCUAUGUCUCAGAUUCACUGUGGAACCUUCGCUUGAGGAAGAUCGCAACUAGACGGGAUCUUCGACAGUGCAGAAGACUCCUCCGUAGAGAAACAGUUGCACGUAUCUUCUCAGCAUGGCGCAAUGGCCCUGAUCAGAAAGGCGCUGCGGACCUCUCAUUCAACUACGGCACAUCGCUGCGUAUCAUUGGUCUUCGCAAGUAUGUUGAAUUUGCAACGAUUGCGAAACAGUUGCGUCAGGAUCUGAAGCAAAGCAAGCAACAGAAUCUCCAGGAAGUCUUGCAACAGGUUGACCCUGCCACCCCUGCAUCCAGGAUUCAACAGCUGCUCAAACCUUUUAAAGGACCAAGCAAUAAGCUGCGUCAGGGAUUGGCACCGCUGCCCUUGAUCAAAGAUGAGAAAGGAGAAUUUUGCAGGACAGCUGAGGAUGCGCUCCAACGCUGGAUCACCUUCUUUGGGGAAAUGGAAGGCGGUGCCAAAACCACGCAACAGGAACAGUGGACACGCUGGAGAUCAAACUUGCAAUCAUUCCUGCAGCAUGAGCUAGCGAUUCCAGUUGAGGAAAUUCCCACGCUGUGUGAUCUUGAGCAUGCAUGCCGACGCUCCGCGGCAGGGAAGGCAACUGGACUUGAUGCCAUCCCUUCAGAGAUUUGUAAAUUCUGCCCCCGCGCGGUUGCGCUCCAAUUGUACAGUCUCAUGCUUAAGACGUGUACGCAUGGACAUGAAGCACUGGCACAUAAGGGAGGGAUUUUAUUGCCAAUCUGGAAGGGGAAACAGCUCAAGGACCAGUGUUCAGCCUUUCGUUCCAUUCUGCUCUCAUCCUGUUUGGGGAAAGUCAUGCACAAGGCUGUCCGCACGAAACAGCUGGACCUCUACCAGCAAUUCUUACAUCAUCAACAGCUGGGAGGACGACGAGGGACACCUGUGACGCUUGGCUGUCACCAGGUCAGAGCAUUCCAGCGCCUGUGUGUAUCCAAGGGACAGCCUUCCGCCCUGUUGUUUAUUGAUUUACAGGAAGCCUUUUAUCGGGUGCUGCGUCCGCUAGUUGUCGAUGGACCAGUCGAUGACGAGUCUGUGGCGGCCAUGGCAGCACGCAUUGACCUUGAUGAUGGUUUCUUGCAUGAUCUCCAUGCGGCGCUGCAACAGCCAUGUGCUUUGGAGGAAGCGGGAAUUCCCAGCCACUUGAGACGGGCCAUCCGUGCCUUGCAUACUGACACUUUUUUCAAGUUGCCAAUGCAAACUGAUCAGGUCGUCACUCAGAUUGGCACCAGGCCGGGUGACUCUUUUGCAGACGUCAUCUUUGGUUUCUUGAUGGCAAAGGUCCUCCGAAAGUUCCAACAGGCUAUGGAUGCAGAAGGUUUGCUCAUGCAAUUACCGGAAGCCGACUCGCUCAGCUUUGAAGGCAUUGCUUCCGAGGCGAAGGUUUCCUUUGUGGGGCCAUGCUGGAUGGAUGACCUUUGCGUAUGCCUCACUGCUGCAAUGAAUGAGCAGCUCCACUCAGCCGUAGGAUUUGCAACAGGAGUGAUCUUGGACAUUUUCAAAGGUUAUGCGAUGACACCCAAUCUUCAGCCAGGGAAGACCGCGAUUUUGUUUUCACCACGUGGUCCUGGCACCACCCGAAUGAAACGCAAAAUGUUUGGACCUACGGCAGAUGGUCAUUUCCUCAGCCUUGGAGAACAUCACCCAUAUCGAGUCCCACUUGUGACUGAAUAUACCCAUCUGGGAGGAAAGGUACAUUUCUCUACCAAGCUUCGGAAGGAGAUCAAGACCAGAUUGGGUCAAGCACAUCAAGAGUUCAACCGCCAUCGGAAGCUCCUUUAUCAAAACCGACACUUCCAGAUGGACAAGAAGAGGGAGCUCUUUCACAGCUUGAUUUUGAGUCGCCUUCUCUUUGGCGCAGAGACGUGGACGUUUCCAGAUCAGAAAACGAAGGACUGUCUUCAUGGAGGAAUUAUGAAACUCCUGAAAAGACUUCUGUGUUGUCCUGGCCACAGUCCCAUCUCUGAUGAAGAAGUUCUUUACAGAACGGGAAUGCCAUCACCCACAACCAUGUUGAGAUUGCGGCGACUCCGGUAUCUGGGCUCGCUUUUCGAAGUAGGUGACACGGCAUGUUGGGGGUUGCUCAAUCAGGACUAUGAAUGGUUGUCUCUUGUCAAAGAUGACUUUAGAUGGCUUUGGCACCAACUACACCAUUGCUGCAACCUUGGGGAUCCCGCAGCCCAUAUGCCGCGAUGGUUUGAAGUGAUCCAGUUCCAUCGAGGGUAUUGGAAAAGACUUCUCAGGAGAGCAGCCGAACACUCGAUUGGAGUGCAGACAAGGGAAUUCUUUGUCGCAACGGCGCACCUGAGGUUCCUGGAGCAUCUUUGUCAAGGAGGUUUUAUACAUCCAGACAAGCAGGAGAGCUUUGAAGACAGAAUGCAUCCCCAAGCCUACGGCUGCAUGAGAUGUCAAAAAGCAUUCCGUUCAUUGGGCGGAGAAGGCGCCCACAUGCAUCGCACACACGGAGAAGUCCAUCCUGUGCGACAUCUUAUGGGAAGUACACAAUGUGCAGCCUGUUUGACGGAAUAUUUCACCAUGGGCAAGCUCAAAAUGCAUUUGAUCCGCUCUACAGCCUGCCGCAUCACCUUGAUUGGGAGAGGUAAUCAUGAACCGGCACAACCAGGACUUGGCUCUACGGAGGACACAGAACGAUGGUCACGUUGGGAUAACCGGUUACCACCGUUGGCAGCCGCUGGACCUCGACUACCAGAUGUCCCCGGAAGUGACUUUGACACCGAGCACCGCGAGCUCUAUGAGGAGAUUGUCCUGGGCAUUCUGGACAUUGACACGGAUGAUUUCGAAGCCUUUGCACGGAGUUGCAUCCAGAAAUAUCCUAUUUCAUGGACUCGAUGCCGUUUGACCUUGCUUGAGGUACAUCAGCAAUGUGCGACUGGCUUUUUGGACGUGUCAACCACACACAUGGAUUCAUGCAUGGCCGCCCUACACAGACUCUCACAUGAAGCUGCCUGGCCCUUCCUUGCUCAAUUGCAUUGUGCUUCCUCGCCGUCAGUGCCUUUGCAAGAAGAGUUGGACAGACGCAUUCAGGUGGCACAGAUUGUACAAGCACGACCUAAGAUUCCCCGUCAACUAGGACGCGAACGAGUCUUCUUACACGCCUUCUCGGGUCGUCGCAGAGCGGGCGACCUACAGCACUAUCUCGAAGCUGCCUUUGCACGCAACGCAGAUGGUGUUUUGCUCCAUGUCGUCUCUAUGGACGUCGUGAUCGACAAGGAGUGGGGCGACGCUUGUCGCUCUGCGACACGAGAUUUUUGGCUUCAAGGAGCGUUAUCGGGGUUUGUACAGGGCGGUUUGUGCGGCCCACCCUGUGAAACUUGGAGUCAAGCUCGUUUUGUCAACGAGAACGCUGGUGAAGAGCGUCAACCUCGACCUCUCAGGUCCUUGGAGUGGCUUUGGGGACUGCCAUCCCUGUCACUCCGUGAGCAGGGACAGGUAGCUGUGGGCAACGAGCUGCUGGUCUUCUCCAUUGACCUUCUGAUUUGCCUGGCGAGGUCUGAGGGAAUAGGAGUGCUUGAACAUCCAGGGGAGCCGGCUGACGAAACCAAGCCCUCCAUCUGGCGUCUUCCGAUCAUCCAAAUUUUGAGGCAGCUACCGGGGUUCGAGUUCGUAGACUUUGCACAGGGGCUUUUAGGCGCGAAGUCGCCAAAACCCACUAGGUUUCUAACUCUGAACAUGGAUAGCCUGCCGACAUUUUUGCACAAGCAUCGUCUUUGCCCUGAUCUUCCGCGUACAGCGGCGAUUGGUAAGACUGCGGAAGGCCAAUGGGCCACCACGAGUCUUAAGGAGUACCCACCGGCCUUGAAUCGAGUCUCCAAAUGGCGGGACGAGAUUCGAGACUGGCGCAAGCUGAACUGUUUUGCCACAGCUGAAGAGUGGCAGGAACUGCAGGAGUCUGCACCGGCGCCUAAAACGCCGCGACUUUACUCCACGCAUCUGAGGUUGGACCCAGAGGCGAUCCAGCGACGGCAGAUGCGCCUGGAGCAGCUGCUGAACGCGGUGGCCGUUGGCAAUUUACAGGCCUGCGAAGAGGGGACCUAUUGGACGCCAAGUUUCACCGCUCGCACGCGGUCCUCGCAGCCCGUGCGCUGUCCGCUGUCCUCGGCCUUCGCGCCGCGGCGAGCGGCGAAGGCCGCGCCAGCGAGGCUGGAGGUGGUGCAUGACCAGGACAUGCUGCAGAUCUGCCGCAUGUGCGCCCUGCGGGGUCAGCGCACUGCCUUGGUCCACCUGGUUCCCAACGGCGAAGAAAGGGCAUUGCCCUUGCGGGAACUGCGCGACUGCCAGCUGUACCUCAGGACCAGCUAUUUGCACGCUUUGAGCGAGAUGCCGCGGCAGAUGCAUCAGGAUCCCAAAGAGGUUCUGAAAGAUGGCUGUAUCAUCCACACGGCUCAUGUGACCAUCCUCCGUGGAGAUCUCAAGGACGGAGCCCAAUGGACUGAACCUGCUGAGAUCGAGGUUCUGACUGCGGCGUUGCAGCGAACUCCGCUCGGAGACGGACAUGAGCAAUACGCUCGCAUCCGUGAGAAAGCGCAGGUAUCAAAGACCAUCGAUGACAUCUUUUCCAGUGCAGCUCAGUGGGGCAUCGAGGUCUUAGUCUUUCCACCCUUGGGCGUCAAUGGCGCGCCUGCGGGCUGCUACCACCCUCCAGCGGAUGCAGGGCAGCUCUUGCGCCACGCUGCAGCAGCUGGUGGGGAUGUUCAGGUCUAUGUGGCCAAGCAACAGUUGGGUCCUUUGAUCGGCUGGGCCUCCUUUGCAGAUGCAGUCACCAAUGGCCGUGCCGCUUUGAAGCGCGAGGCUCCAGUGCCACUGCACCUGUCGCCAUACUACAACUGCUAUUUGGGUAAGCAGAAGCCGCCAGACUUCUUUAAAUUCACUCUGCGUCCGUCUUUGACCAAGCGUGGUGUGGCAAAGGAGUCAUGA